UUGUCUCAAAAAAGAAAGGAAAAAAAAGGGCCGUGCGGCGUGCGUGGCGACUCCGCCGGCUUUCCCCAUUCUUCCCAGGUCGCCGAGUCAACAUCCGUCACCGGCGGCAGAACCACCCUGCGCACCUACCCCCGUUCCCCCAAAACCCAGGUACCCAGGCUUUCCCUCUGCGAGCCCCCCGAGCCCUAAGCUCCAGCGAGCCCCUAUGGCGGCGCAGGAGAUCAAGGACGCCGUGCAGGCUUACACGGGCCUCUCACCCGCGGCCGCCUUCACCGUGCUGGCUCUCAUGCUCGCCACCUACCUCAUCGUCUCCACCCUCUUCGUCGCCCCAGACGCCGCCGCUUCCGCACCGGCGGCUCAUCCCCAGCCGCCUCAGCAGCAGAAGCAGGUGACGGAGGCGGAGGCGGAGGCGGAGGAGCCGUUCGUGCCGCUGUUUCCGGACCCUGUGCAGGUGGGCGAGAUCACGCUCGAGCAGCUCAGGGCGUAUGACGGCAAGGAUCCAGCCAAGUCCAUCCUCAUCGCCAUCCGCGGUCAGGUCUACGACGUCUCGCGCGGGAGGCUGUUUUAUGGACCUCAAGGACCAUACUCCUUGUUUGCCGGGAGGGAUGCAUCUCGGGCCCUGGCAUUGAUGUCAUUUGACCUUAAUGACCUGACUGGAGACUUGGAAGGCCUGAGCCCAGACGAACUGGAGGUUUUACAAGACUGGGAAGAGAAGUUUAAAGAGAGGUACCCUGUGGUGGGCCAUCUUCCUUGUGAGAAAGGCAACAGCUGAUGCUCAGCCUGAUCACGAGGAAGAGAAGGCCUAACUCUGUGUCUGGGUUCUUGUCUCGUUGCCUGCAAGUUCUUGUGUCUUUUACUACUGGACUGCGAGCGGUAGAGAGAUCUAAUGCGCUGACAGGUGAUGUUGUUUGUAUGUGUGCUGCAUGAGUGUGUGUGACUAAUGCACCUGCUUUACUACUCCUACUUUGGUUGGUGUGUGUCAGUGUGUGGGAGGAAUUUUGAGUGACAGAGAAACCUUGGCGCUGAAAGGCCGUGCUUUAGAUUCGUGCCAUAAUCCAAUUCAUCAAUCAUCGUAUCGUAUCCAAA